AUGCCUAAUGGGAGUCUUGAUAAAUGGUUGCAUUCCAACAACCAAUAUUUGGAUAUCCUACAAAGGUUGAACAUAAUGAUAUAUGUUGCAUCUGCAUUGGAAUAUCUCCAUCACGACAAUGCAACACCCGUGGUUCACUGUGAUUUAAAACCCAACAAUGUUCUAUUAGAUAAAGAUAUGGUUGCGCAUUUGAGUGAUUUUGGCAUCACCAAACUCUUAUGUGAAGAGGUUUCAAUGAUACAAACCAUGACAAUUGCAACAUUUGGAUAUAUGGCACCAGAAGUCAUCGAUUUCACCUCCAAUAAUCUCACUGGUCAUAUCCCAAAAGAUAUGUUUGAUCAUCUUCCAAAUUUGAAAGGAUUGUACUGGAGUCUUAACCUGCUUUCUGGUAGAAUUCCUGCCAGUCUAUUCAAGUGCAAAGAGUUACAAGUGUUAGCUUUAUCGUAUAACCAAAUGGAGGGGAGCCUACCAAUAGAAAUUGGGAAUUUGAGCCUGCUUCAAGACAUCGCUAUUGGUCGGAACCACUUUGAAGGUAUAAUACCACGUGAGAUUGGCAACCUAAAGAAUCUAAAUUGGUUGGAUUUAGACUUUAACAAUCUUACUGGUUCUAUCCCUCCACAUGUAUUUAAUAUUUCAACUUUAAGGAUGAUUGCUUUGGAUAUAAAUCAGCUCUCUGGCCAUCUUCCAUCAAACAUGGGCCUUUUACUUCCAAACAUGGAGCAAUUAUAUCUUGCUAGCAAUCACCUUGUCGGCUCGAACUUUCUUUUCGAUAGCAACCCAUUUAUUAGUGGUGAACUUCCAAGAGUGGUAGGAAAUGUCUCAAGUUCUCUUGAAGAGUUCUCUGCUUAUUCAUGCAACAUCAGGGGUAGCAUCCCCAAUGAAAUUGGAAACUUAAGUCACUUGAUAAGCAUUGAUCUCGGAGGCAAUAAAUUGAUAGGACAGAUUCCUACUACAAUUGGUGGAUUGGAAGAGUUGCAAAGUCUUUCUCUUAAAGACAAUAAGUUAGAAGGAUCCAUCCCAUCUCAGUUAUGUCAUCUAAACAAAUUGGCUUUCUUGUUCUUGACCAAUAACAAAUUGUCUGGACCAAUACCUGCUUGCUUAGGUGAUCUCACUUCAUUAAGGCAACUAUUUCUAGACUCCAAUAAGUUUUCCUCCUCAAUACCUUCCACGUUGACAAGGCUUAACUAUCUCCUCAUCCUAUACUUGUCUUCAAAUUCUCUAAGUGGUCCACUGCCAACUGACAUUGGAAAAUGGAAAGUUUUGACUAGUUUGGAUUUGUCGAACAAUCAGUUCUCAGGUGAUAUCCCAACUGGAGUUGCAGAUCUCAAGGACCUCACUCAUUUUUCCUUGUCCAAUAAUAGAAUCAUGGGUUCUAUUCCUGAGUCUUUUGAUGAAUUGUUGAGUUUGGAAUUCUUGGACUUGUCAAGAAAUAAUCUAUCUGGAGAGAUUCCCAAAUCCUUAAAGAAACUCCGUUAUCUCAAAUAUUUCAAUGUCUCUUUUAAUAGACUUGAAGGAAAAAUUCCUGAAGGAGGAUCAUUUGGAAACUACACAAUCGAAUCAUUUAAGGGUAAUGAAGCCUUGUGUGGUGCAACUCGACUUCAUGUUCCAAACUGCAAAACAAGACCUCUUAGAAAUUCCAAGGCAAAAACUAAGCUGAAGCUCAUAAUAUAUGUAGCUCUGCCAAUUGCCUCCACAAUUUUGGUUGUGGCUCUGAUAAUCAUUAUCUUGCAAAAUAGGAGGAAAGACAAAUUGCCAACUCAAGAAGACAUGAUACCUUUAGGAACGUGGAGACGGUUUUCAUACCACGAGCUUCGUCAAGCUACUGAUGGAUUCAAUGGUAGUAGGUUGCUUGGUAAUGGAAGUUAUGGUUCACUAUUCCAAGGGACUCUCCAGGAUGGGACGGUAAUUGCGGUAAAGGUCUUCAAGUUAGAGUUAGAAGGAGCUUUUAAGAGCUUUGAUGUUGAAUGUGAUGUUCUCUGCAACACUCGUCACAGAAAUUUAGUCAAAGUAAUAAGCAGUUGCUCUAAUGAUCUUAAUUUCAAAGCGUUGGUGCUUGAGUUCAUGCCUAAUGGGAGUCUUGAUAAAUGGUUGUAUUCCAACAACCAAUAUUUGGAUAUCCUACAAAGGUUGAACAUAAUGAUAGAUGUUGCAUCUGCAUUGGAAUAUCUCCACCAUGGUAAUGCAACACCCGUGGUUCACUGUGAUUUAAAACCCAACAAUGUUCUAUUAGAUGAAGAUAUGGUUGCUCAUUUGAGUGAUUUUGGCAUCGCGAAACUCUUACGUGAAGAGGUUUCAAUGAUACAAACCAUGACAAUGGCAACAUUCGGAUAUAUGGCACCAGAAUAUGGAAUCGAAGGAAUUGUUUCGACAAAAGGUGAUGUGUAUAGCUUUGGUAUUCUUUUGAUGGAAAUCAUCACAAGAAAAAAGCCCACAGAUAAAAUGUUUGAAGGAGAAAGAAGCUUGAAUAGUUGGGUGAUAGAGUCGAUAUCAUCUUCGCGAAAUCAAGUUGUAGAUCCCAAGUUGUUGAGCACCAUUGGAAGGGAACAUUUAAAAGUCAAGAAUUGUGCCUUAUCCAUUUUGCAAGUUGGCUUAGAAUGUUCUGCAGAGUUACCAAAUGAGAGGCUUCAUAUGAAAGAGGUUGUUACAAAGUUAAAGAAGAUCAAAGUAAAGUUAUCAAGGGAUAUGCAACGCGUUCGAUGAAGUGGCCAUUGUUAAAUUGACUAAAAUAAACAUAAGCUUUGCUUUCUAGCAAUGUCUUUG